GAAAAGAUGCGCAUGAUUAUCAUUUAAUAUUUGCAUUUCCUUUCAUUUACAGAUCUCCCACUUUGCUAUCUAUAAUAAUAUUCCUUUGCUUUUUGAAACAUUUGCUCGAAGUUUGUGAAGAUCGCAUUACCUGACCGACAACCAGUCACUGAUAAAUAACAUUGGGCCGGACAGUUUAUGCUGAAUAGAUGAGAGAGGAAGGAACGUUCUGGAGAUAAGAUGGCGGAUUCUGUGGACCGAGUAUUCGUCCAUGCGCUCAACACAGUAAAAAAGAUACCCAAGACUGGAGCGUCGCGGCCGCCUCCUGCAGAUCGAUUGCGUCUCUAUGGAUUAUACAAACAAGCUAUGGAAGGGGACGUGGAUGGUGUCAUGAUGCGGCCGAGUUCGAGAGGCGACGGGGAAGAUGGUGAAGCGGGAUUACAGGGGGAGGAAUUGAAGAGGGAAAGGGAUAAAUGGGAUGCGUGGGAUGCGCAGAGAGGAGUUAGUAGGACUGAAGCGAAGAGGAGGUACAUUGAAGCAUUGAUUGAUACUAUGCAUAAGUAUGCUAGUACUACUGCAGAUGCGAGAGAAUUGGUUGCAGAAUUGGAAUUUGUCUGGGACCAAAUCAAAAACAAUACUCCAUCAUCCACGGGAUCUUCGCCAGGCCAUCGCAUGCCAUCGUAUACGACUCAAACGAGACAGUUUCUAGAACCAGCGUCAGGGACCGACGGCGCAAUGAGAGUAUUAAGUCCAAUGAGCCAGGACGAUGAAGCCGAAAGGGAAUUUGAGCGACGAUUGGUGGACAAUGGUGAAGAUGAAGAGGUAUAUACCGACGGCAAAAAUAAUAAAACGAAAUGGAGGAAGAAUGUGGAACAAGUGCUAGUGAAAAUGACAGCUGAGAUUGCAGCAUUAAGGGAGCAGAUUGCUACGGGAAGAGAAUAUCAAGGCAAGAAGUCAAGGUCUCCAAGAAAAUGGAUGGCUUGGUUUAUGUGGAUUGCCAUCAAACACUUUUUGGUGGAUAUGGCGCUUAUGGGUCUCAUUCUGUUAUGGAUGAGACGAAAGAAGGACAGGAGAGUAGAGGAUCUCGUAAGAGAAGGAUUGAGGAUUGGGAGGGAAUAUGUGAGGAAAGUCUUACCCUCUCGGUGAUAAUACAUCGAUCUUUGAAUCUUGCGACUCAUAAUAACGACCAAGGGCGAUCACAAUCGCCGGAUGUUCUCGCUUCAUAUUGGACGACACAAUACUCACAAAUUGGUCCA